AUGGCAAAUAGAAUCUCACAUGAAAUCAAUCCUAAAGCCCAAGGAAAUGGAUUUUGUAAUGCCCAGUACUUUGAUCCCACUGGGCCUAUUCCUGAUGGUUGGAUGGUUUAUGAUUCAACAACAAUGAUACCUCUCUUCAGGAGCAAAGAGGGUGCUUUGUUGUAUCAUCAAACUCAUACAUUUCAACCUGCAGUUACCUCAAGUGUCAUGGGAGAUAGAUUUCUCUAUCAAGAUAAUUACUCUUGCAAAACACAUGUAGGUCUAAAUAAUUUAAGAAAGCUCAAGGGAUACAGGGAAUUUCACCCAAAUUCUUUGAGUAAUGGAAAAUCACUGGACACACACUCAAAAAUGAUUUACAAUCCAGCCAUUACCAUUUCUGAUAGUUCAGGGGUUGAUCAAAAUUCAUACAAUUCACAUCUUCUGAGGCUGUCAAGUGCCCCAAAAACUUUUAAAAGGCCCCAGAUGAAAGAGUAUACAAAGAUUGGUCUAAUUGAUGAAGAUAAAGCCAAAGUUUUCAAAAACUUUAAGGAAAAAAGUCAAGGCAAUUGGGAGUCUCACAGUACAUUGCCAGAUUUCAACCAAUCAAAUUUGAGGCAAGAUGUCUCAGAAUGCCUCAAGUCUUUGGAAAAAUCUUCCAUACCAGAAUUCAAAGGAAAAUUCUGCAAAAAUGAAAAUCAAGAAGACUUCAAGAUCAAGAAGAGCAAUGAGUUCUCCAUGGAAAACACAUAUCUAUCAUCAGGGUCUGAUCCAAAAGGCUAUCUACAAGCAGUGAAAUAUACUCACAAAUCAAAUCUGGUGAAAGAUGGAAGAACUCACAAAAGACCUUCAAUUUCUGAUUCCAAUACCCAACAACCCCAAGUAAACCUGAAGACAGAUCCAUCCUAUCACGUCAACAAGAUCCAUAAGGAUACAGGAGGAAAAACUGAUGAUCCUAUGUGUGAAACACAAUCAAAGGAGGGAAUCAAACAUUCAACAGAAGACAAUAGAACCUUCCUCCUGGGUGACAAUGGAAAGGAGAUGUAUGCAGAUCCAGAGGGACACCUUUUGGGAACACCAUCUGAUAAGCUUAUUGGGUUGCAGACAGUUUACAAACUGAAUCAUCUAGCCAAGACCAACAAAAACAAUAUUCCUGGCUUAAGGAACAUUCCAAAAGACAGAGCAAUAGAUGGAAUCACUGAAAGAGAUAAUUUGUCUAGAUAUACCAUUGGUUUGGAAUCCAAAGCAUCUCAUGAACAAUGGAGGAUAGUCCACAGCAGAAAGAGCAAGACAAGAAAUGCCUUUGCAGAAAAGGAUUGUCAUCCCCUGGAAGAGGCUAAAUCCACAAAAGAAUUAGCAACAAACCUGGAUGAUAUUUCAGUCCAACGUGGAGACCAAAAUACGCAAAAGAAAUUGGAAAACAAUAGUGUCAAUGAUCAACCUUCUAUUGCUUCCCUUACAAAACCUCUGGAGAUGAAAGACAUAAAGGACAAGGCUUCUUCAAAUGAUGCACACCAAAUGCAAACUAUGAUUCAAAAGGAAUCAGAUUUGGCCCCAUUGAAUCAAGCACUCAAGCAUAAAAAGAAACAGCAGAACAAGACUAAGGUUUUGACAAGAUCUACAUCCAAAAUGGAUAGUAGAGUAGGGAGUUCUGAUGCACAUAAUGAAGAUCCUAAAAGAUUAUCACCCUGUGAUAUGGUUGAUGACAUGAUCAAGCUCCAAGAUAACAAGACACUAUUCUCAAAGAUAUUAUCUAAGAUAUUAUGUGAUGACAAUAAGAAAAACUUCUUGGACAUUCACAUGGAUCCCAAAGAUUGCAAUCAGGGAUUUUUACUAUCUGCCUCAGAAGAUAAAGGCCAUAUAUUGGAUGACCACAUAGAGAAGAUGAAUGAAGUGAUGGACCCUGAUGAAGCUUGGAGGAGGUCACAAACUUUAAGGAGAUAUAUAGAUCAGGAGAACAUGAUCCUGAAAUGGAAGCACAAUAAGGGACAACUUGAUCAAAAAGCUUAUGCAGUAGCAAUGCUUCUCAAGAUUGGGAAAAAAUGGCCAGUGUUUUAUGAUACAGUCACAGGCAAAUGGGAAUUGGUCAAAUCAAGAUGGGAUAAAUUGAAUGACAUGCAAAGAGAUUCACUGAAUUCUCUUAUGGCUGUUGAUGAACAAGUAGAAAGGUUAGCCACAAUAUCUAUUAUGGAGAAAGUAAAUAAAGAUUGGUUUAAAUCACUUUACAGUGAGUCUGACUUGCAACACUUGAAAAUGCAGGGUGUUUCCAUCCCAUUACUGUUUAAUAUAAUACACCACAUGGAUCUGAGUAACCCAAACAAGAGCAUCAACUGGAGACAAAUGUCCAAAAAGGAAAUCUCAAUCAAGGGGAAGGAGAUAUUGAGUGUGAUGUGUGGAUUCAUGUGGUUAUCAGAUCGAUAUUAUGACACUAAUCAGAAAAAAUGGGUUGCCUCACGUCUACGUCAUCUAAUUUUAGAAGAUCCAAGAUUGUCACUUCUUUUUCAAGCAAGGUUGAAAUUCUUAGUCAACAAUACUCAUAAUGUAUUGUUACCUCUUCACAGUAUGGAAUGGGAGGAUGGAAUUUUGAGAGAUGUGAAUGGAUUAUUGGACUUGGCAGAAGGAUUGACAGCAUUGCAUUUUGGAGUAUCAAUUGAGAGACUUGUUCGGCUUAAGUAUGAGUCAAACUUAGAGAAAGAAGCUUUACAGAGCUCCAAACUAAAAGAUUUCAUUGGUCAGGAUGGCAAAAAAUUCUACUGGCCAACAAUUUUCCUUGGCAAGUGGGAUGAAUGGAAAGCUGAACUGCAGCCAUAUUUUCAAUUUCUUGGGGUGAAAGUCUACUUUGGGGGUUGA